AUGACCAGGAGGUCGGCAUCGAGGAGUGCGACGUCAGAGGCGGCAACAGGUGCGUUCAUGGGCAGCGGUGGGGGGCAGCGGGGUGCCGGCGUGUGGGGUAGCAGCGGAAUGCCGGCGUACGGGAAGGCAGCGGGAUGCCUGCGUCAUAGGGGGGAGCAUGCGGCCGCAGUCGGCCAGCGAUGCUGGAAGCCAGCAGCCGGCAGCCGGCUGCGGGCUGCAGGGGGAGGCGGCGGCAGCGGCGACGGCCUCUUGACCGAUGACGAGAUCAACAGACAUAUCAAAAUUAUAAAUAAAAAUAUCGGCGUAUUAAACGAGGCUAUCAAAAUUAAAAUUCACAAAAUUGAUAAGAACGAGAAUAUAUUCCGUUUGGAAAACAAUUUGGCGGUGCUGAAAUAUUAUCGUGAACAGCUAAAACAACUGAAAAUUAAAAAUAAAGUGUCCGGAGGUUCGGUAGUGCGUCCCAACAAGAAGAAUUUGGUGUGGCAAGAUGUGAAAUCGUGCUUCAAGAGUCGUGUGCGGUCGGGAAUCAUCGUGAACGUUAGUCUCAAGGAACCUAAACAGUUUAUAGCUGACAAAAUUGAAAAAUUGGCCUCUUACCUCGAUGACAGCCAAAAAAGAAUCACUAAAUCUCAUUGUGAUUCGAAGGAGACUUUCCGCCUUUUGACUAGGAAAGGUGUUUUUCCUUACGAUUACCUCAAUUCUAAACUGACUGACGAAGCUAUUUCAGACAGCGACUACGAGCACGCUACAAAUAUCUGGAAUACAUUUAAUAUUCAAAAUUUGGGGGAAUAUUCGGACUUGUACCUGAAAACUGACAUUCUACUUUUGGCUGAUAUUUUCGAAAAUUUCCGUGAAAAUUGUCUAAAAACUUACGGUCUUGAGCCUUUACAUUAUUAUACCUCCCCCCGUCUGGCCUUUGAUUCCAUGCUCAAAAUUACUAAACAGACAUUAGAAUUACUGACGGACAUUGACAAAGUUUUGAUGAUCGAGAAGGGGAUCCGAGGUGGCGUAGCCCAAGUGUCGAACCGGUACUCAAAGGCUAACAACAAGUACAUGGGUGAGGCAUACAAUCCGGACGAACCCGAUAAGUACAUCAUGUACUAUGAUGUAAAUAACUUAUACGGCGCGGCGAUGUCUCUUCCCCUUCCAACCGGGGGAUUCGAGUGGGUACCCGUCGAUCAAUUCUACAACUUGAAUAUAACCGAUUUAGCAGAUGAUGCUGAAAUCGGUUAUAUUUUAGAAGUGGACAUUGAGUACCCGCCCGAACUUCAUGAACUCCACAAAGACUUACCCCUGUGCCCGGAACAAAUGGUUCCCCCAGGAGGCAAACAAUCAAAAUUACUGACAACACUUUUUUCGAAAACCGGUUACGUUAUCCAUUACAGACAAUUGAAACGGUGUAUUGAGCGGGGAUUAAAGAUUACUAAAGUACACAAAAUUCUUAAAUUCAACCAAUCGGCUUGGUUACAAAAAUACAUAAAUUUAAAUACGGAUUUACGGAAACAGGCGACUAACGAAUUUGAGAAAAAUUUCUAUAAAUUAAUGAAUAAUUCUGUCUUUGGUAAAACCAUGGAAAAUGUGCGAAAACAUAAAGACGUUAAACUGGUCACACAAUGGGAGGGUCGAUAUGGGGCAAAAAAUUUGAUCGCGAAACCAAAUUUUCACAGUUUAACAAUUUUCGAUGAAGACAUGGUUAUAGUAGAGAUGAACAGACUCAAAAUUAAGUUCAACAAGCCGAUUUAUGUUGGAUUUAGUAUUCUGGACCUUUCCAAAAUUAUACUUUACGAUUUCCAUUACGAUUAUAUUAAACAAAAUUUCGGCAAUCAGGCUAAAUUAUUGUACACGGACACUGACAGUUUAAUAUACGAAUUCACGGACAUUGACAUUUACGAGAGCAUGAAGAGAGACAUCCAGCUGUUUGAUACAUCAGACUACCCCGAAGAUAAUGCGUACGGUAUGCCUCGCGUCAACAAAAAAGUACUAGGUCUUAUGAAAGAUGAAAGCUGUGGGAGAAUAGUUACCGAGUAUGCCGGGCUCAGAGCUAAAAUGUACUCGUAUAAAGUCGAGGGAAAACCCUCAAAUAUGCGUAUCAAAGGACUUACUCGAUCAGCCGUAAAACACAUUACUUUCGAAGAUUUCACGAAUUGCCUAUUUAAUCAAAACACACUGGUUAAAGAGCAGAGACUUAUACGUUCCAAACAUCACGAUUUAUAUACAAUUAAACAAAAUAAAUUGGCUCUCAGUCCGUACGAUGACAAGCGCAUAAUAAAUUACGUCACCACAGACACGAUCCCGUGGGGAUAUAAUUUCCAACAAGCAGCGACUUGUUCGACCACUCCCAUGGAGUUCUAA